AGGCAAGUCGUUUGUUGCCUUAGGUGGUCUGGUAUUCACGGACAUAAAUGCAUAAUUCUAUAUACAAACGCGGAUUAGCGCGCUUAGAUGUAGGAUGCGCUAUGCCCCACUCUUGAAGUGAAAAAAAUUAAUAAACUAUAAAAUUAGGAAAAAUUUCUACUAAAACGGGAACCGCGCGGAGUAAAAACCCAACAUUCAAUCGCCUGGCGCCGGAAAACGGACUCAACCGUGGUGCAGUGGACCCUUUAUCGAACUCUUUUCAUUUGAAACGGAAGCAGUGAGCAGCAACCAACAAAAUGACAGACAUAGAUGACAUUAUCGCAAAGUUGCAGCGCUUCUCAUGGCCCGACUAUGGCGUCUUCAUUGCCAUGUUUGUGAUCUGCAUAGUGAUUGGCAUCUAUUUUGGCUUCCUGAAUCGCAGCCUUUCGGAGUCCGACUACCUAAUGGGUGGACGAAAUAUGCUUAUACUGCCCAUUGCGCUCUCGCUGGUGGCCAGUUUCAUUUCCGGUAUCACUUUGCUGGGCCUGCCGACGGAAGUCUACUCCUAUGGCAUUCAGUACUUGUACGUCUCGCUCGGUGUAAUAGCUAUGGGAGUGGUGAUGGGCGUAUUUUAUCUGCCCGUAUUUCAUCAGUUGAACAUUACAUCGACAUAUGAGUAUUUAGAAAGUCGUUUCGAUCGGCGUCUUCGCAUGUAUGGAUCCGUAAUGUUUGCAAUUAUGAAUGUGGCAUAUCUGCCGAUCGUAAUUUAUGUGCCCGCAUUGGCCUUCAAUCAAGUGACCGGCGUAGCUGUACACACCAUCACACCCAUUGUCUGCAUUAUCUGCAUCUUCUACACCAGCUUGGGUGGCAUUCGCGCAGUUGUCUGGACGGAUGUGGUGCAAACGAUUUCCAUGGUGGGCGCACUAAUACUGGUUGCUGUCAAAGGAAGCCACGAUAUUGGUGGCGCAGGUGUGGUGCUCCGGAACGCCUGGGAUACGGAUCGCAUUGAGAGGCCAGAUUUGAGCAUAAACCCCACUGUGCGGCACACGCUCUGGUCCCAGCUGAUCGGUGGCGUCUUCUAUUGGACCCAGACCAACGCCGUUUCGCAGAAUAUGAUACAGCGUUACCUCGCGUUGCCCACAUUGCGAGCGGCACGCAUUGCUCUCUUCAUCUUUUGUUUCGGUGUGCUGAUUAUGAUGGCGCUCUGUGGCUACAACGGUUUACUAAUUUACGCCACAUACAAGAACUGUGAUCCACUGACCACGAAGCUGGCGAAAGCGCGGGAUCAACUCUUACCGCUCUUCGUUAUGGACACACUGGGUGACUAUCCUGGACUCACUGGUCUCUUCGUCGCUGGAGUUUUUAGCGCUGCUUUAAGUUCGCUGUCCACCUGCUUGAAUUCCAUGUCGGCUGUGGUGCUGGAGGACUUCGUGAAGCCUUUUGUGAAGCGUCCGUUGUCUGAGUCGGCGAUAAAUUGGAUCAUGCGUUCGGUGGUGGUCGGAAUGGGUGCACUGUGCGUUUGCCUGGUUUAUGUGGUCGAGCACAUGGGUACCGUGUUGCAGCUGACCAUGAGUCUGGAAGCUAUCACUAAUGGCCCUCUUUUUGGCAUAUUCACCAUUGGCAUUUUCAUGCCAUGGAUUGGCGGCAAUAGCGCUCUGACUGGUGGCGUUGUGGGUGUUAUUGCCAUGUCAUGGAUUAGCUUGAAGGCGCAAUGGGCUAUAGCCUCCGGCGCUAUUAAAUAUCAGACUAAGCAGAUCACCGUUGACCAAUGCGAUUAUCACUUCGAUCGAACGACCUUGGCACAAAGCAGCUAUAAUUUGACGGACUCAAACGCGGCGGCGGAAGAAAUAUUCCCACUUUAUCGAAUCUCGUACAUGUGGUUCACUUGCCUGGGUGCUUUGAUCACAAUUUUCAUAGCUAUUUUGUACUCGAGCAUAGCGGGUGCAAACGACCCCAAGAAGGUGGACACUGCUCUACUGACGCCGUGUAUAAGGAAAUAUGUGCAGAACGAUGAAGAAUACAUUAAGCCAACAAACACUUUCAAGAAUAACAUUCCAAAUAAAGCGAGGAUGCGCGUGGAUGAGGUUGCUCUGUGAUGCCAUUGUGUGCACUGGUAGACGAAGAACCAAAUAGUAUUUUGUUUUAUACAUUAAAAGUAGCAAAGAAAAUCAAACGGAAUUUACAAAUAAAAUAGUUGAGAGGUGUUAUUUUA